AUGGGGUGCAAUACAAGUAAAGAAUCAGUACCAGCAGAAAACGAAAACAAGGAAAACCAAGAUGGAGCAGGUGACGCAGCUGUUGAAGAUAAAACCGAAAUCAAACUUAAGGAUAACAGUACAGGAGCAGUAGAAAAUCAUGUUGAAGUAAUAGGAGUAAUAGGAGUAAUAGGAGUAAUAGGAGUAAUAGGAGUAAUAGGAGUAAUAAGAGUAAUAGGAGUAAUAGGAGUAAUAGGAGUAAUAGGAGUAAUAGGAGUAAUAGGAGUAAUAGGAGUAAUAGGAGUAAUAGGAGUAAUAGGAGUAAUAGGAGUAAUAGGAGUAAUAGGAGUAAUAGGAGUAAUAGGAGUAAUAGGAGUAAUAGGAAUAAUAGGAGUAAUAGGAGUAAUAGGAGUAAUAGGAGUAAUAGGAGUAAUAGGAGUAAUAGGAGUAAUAGGAGUAAUAGGAGUAAUAGGAGUAAUAGGAGUAAUAGGAGUAAUAGGAGUAAUAGGAGUAAUAGGAGUAAUAGGAGUAAUAGGAGUAAUAGGAGUAAUAGGAGUAAUAGGAGUAAUAGGAGUAAUAGGAGUAAUAGGAGUAAUAGGAGUAAUAGGAGUAAUAGGAGUAAUAGGAUUAGGAAAACAAUGA